AUGGAGGCCCGAUUCCGAUCAUUUAUCAAUGAACUUGUCGUUCUGAAGCAAAUCCUUCGGGAUGCCACCGGUAGCGGCGAGGGUGCUGAAAGCACUGCCGCAGACAGCAAUCCCCAGAGUAGCGCCCCGCCGACAACAGGCUCCUUCAGUGUUCCGGACGACCUGUCCGGUGAUCCAGCCGACCUGUCAGAUGAUCCAGCCAACCCUUUCAGCGAUACAGCUUAUCCCUUGAGCGAUCAAUCCGAAGUCGACUCCCCCGUUCCGAGCACACUGUCUGAGCAACAGCUCACUGUUCCCCGCACACCAACACCACAGUCGCUUAACAGCAUGAAGGUACACAUAUCACCACGUCGGCGCCGCAAAGAAGGGGAGGAAGAAGAUGAGGAAGAAAAAGAAAAAGAAGAAGAAGAGGAUGUAUCGUCAUGA